AGGAGUCAUUCCAUCCGGGUAGUUUGAAAUGUGUGCGUGUGUUUUCAAUGCAAGGCUUUUUUUUCUUUCUGUUAACGUGAGAAGCUGAGUAACAACAGAUGUUUGACUCUUUGCAGCUGGGAAGUGCAACACUGUACUACAGUACACGAUUUACUCACUAACUAUAUCAGCACAGUGGUUUUUUUUAAAACAUGGAUGAAGAUUCCGAGUGGGUAGUGGAGACCAUUGCUGGAUAUCUCGGCAGUCCAGAUUGGGUUAUACCAGUAACCGACUUUAUCGAACAGAAAUGUACAGUAUUUGAUGAUGAGGAUGAAAAUAAACUGGCCUAUACAGAAAUCCAUCAGGAGUACAAGGAAAUGGUAGAAAAACUGUUGGAUAGUUACACCCAGGAGGUUGGUAUCGGUGAAGAACAGUUUUUGGAAGCCUGCACAUCUCCACUGGCACAAUCAAAGGCACUACAGAACGUGUUUCGGCCAGUAUUGGCUGCAGAAGACUUUGAAAUGUUUAAAUCUCUAAUGAUUCAGAAGAAUGUGGAACUGCAGCUGCAGGCACUUCGUGUGAUCAAAGAGGAGAAUGGUACACUGCCUGAGUGUUUGACAGAUGGUGUGGACGUGAUAUCUGAGUUAGAACAGCAGGAGCUCAGAAUACUGAAAGAGGUGCUGAAGAGAUCAAAAGAUGAAUAUGAGCAGGACCUGGCAAAAAAAGGUUUCUCAGAGGAAGAAUCUGGGUCUGCUUCAAACAGCAGCUUACCGGAGAGCAAAGAUCAACAAGAAACCUGUCUGAGAAGGCAUUCAGAAAAAGAAAGCGAACACACACAUAAAGUGUGCAAAGUCCAAGUAAAAACUGUGGAGAAAAGAGCAGCAGUUUCUGCCUCCCACACUGAUGAUGCAGGAAAGAAGAGUCCCACCAAAGUCUGUAUGCAACCAAGUGCAAAGCUACUGCCAGGGCGAAGCAGCAUUGGGAGUAGCAGUGCCAGUAGUAAAGUCCUUGCACCAGUCAAAGCCCCAGUCAAUGGGUCCGAGCUCAGUCCAGCGUCCACCUCCUCAGCCCACAAGAAGAGCAGCAGUGAGGCUGCAGAGGCUUGGUUAGAAGAGGCCAGGAAGGAGGCAGGGAUAUCUAGACCUUUCACUGAGCUGUCGGCAGAUCAGCAAGAGCAACUUCAGCAGCGAGCAGAGUACCUGAAACAGCAGCGGGACAAACUUCUUGCCAUGAAGAAAGAGCAGAGACCCAAACCGACCCAUACUGAACCAGCAGAGGAGCCUCCAAUAUUGACAUCUGUGAGCAAGCAGAAUGCGGAUAUUUCUCAUACAAACCUCAGUGCUAAUAAUGUUGUAAAAGAAGAAACACCUAUCUCAAAAAAUGUGAGCACACCCUUAGUAUAAAAGGAAGACAAGGAAAUUUCCGAAGAUGAGAAAAAGAGGAUUCAGAAACGAAAGAACCUGGCAGAAAAGCUUAAAGAAGAAGUAAUCAAAAAAUAGCAACGGGAUAGUCUGUUAAACUGACAUUAAAAGGCACCUAUGGACUUCUGAUUUCCUGAACUUCCUUUGAUUUAUUUUGUGCCAGAAAUUUGGUGUGAGGAAUGCAGUAUUGUACGCUGUACAAUAGCUGAAGUUAAAAUGAGAUGUACAUGCCCAUCUGUAUAGACAUUUAAGUGUAUGCUGCUUAUGGAAAAAAUAAAAUUGUGUAUAACACACA